AUGAAGAGGUCUAAGAUUACCGUGUGCAUUAAAGAACUCACAGUGCGCAUUGGAAGAGACAGGAGCUUUCACAUCAUGGCUACCAUAAUUUUCUGUCUGUCUAUGGCGCUUUUCACAGUUGCCCUCGGGAUGUACAUUCACGAUCACAUGAAAAGGUUCAUUAUUUCAGAUGAAUCCUAUUCUACUCAACUGACUCCACUUCUUACAUUGGUACCCACUUCAGCGUUUUCAUUAUUCAACUUUUCGUUGGCCGCUUCUUCACCGAUCCCAUUUGAACGUGCAAUUGGUCCAGUGGGUCCUGAGACGUCAUGGCAUUCAAUGAGUGAUGAGGAACUUGCAUGGCAAGCCUCCAUGGUGCCCCAUAUCCUAGAGUAUCCUUAUAAUCGGACGCCGAAGGUGGCCUUCAUGUUCUUGAGCAGAGGAAGUCUGCCUUUAGCUCCUCUUUGGGAGAGGUUCUUCAAGGGACACAAGGAUCUCUAUUCAAUCUACCUGCACAUGUCAGUGGACCUCGGCAAUGACGAGAUGCCGGAGACGUCAGUGUUUUACAAGCGCAGAAUUCCGAGCAAGCCGGCUCAAUGGGGACGGGCAAGCAUGAUCGAUGCUGAGAGGCGCCUCCUGGCUAAUGCCCUGCUUGACUUCUCCAACGAGAGAUUCUUGUUACUCUCGGAAGCGUGCAUUCCUCUUUUCAACUUCACCACGGUCUACAGCUACCUCAUCAACUCUAAUCAGAGCUUCCUCGGCUCGUUCGACGACCCAAGGCCCAUGGGAAGAGGCCGGUACAACAAACGGAUGUGGCCCACGGUGUCGUUGUCCGAGUGGCGUAAAGGCUCUCAAUGGUUCGAAGUCCAUCGCAGGGUCGCUGUCGAGAUAGUGUCCGAUGUCAUUUACUACCCCGUAUUCCGGAACCACUGCAUGCCUCCUUGUUACAUGGACGAACAUUACUUGCCAACCCUUGUCACUAAAGUCUGCCCUGGCGCAAACUCGAACAGGAGCAUCACUUGGGUUGAUUGGUCGGGAGGCGGUUCACACCCUAAACAAUUUACAAGGACGGACGUUUCUCAGGUGUUCUUGAAUAGGAUAAGACAUGGAUUUAAUUGUACUUAUAAUGGCAUCACGACCUCAAUUUGCUUCCUUUUCGCUCGAAAGUUUCAUCCCAACACUCUUCAGCCUCUCCUCAAGAUAGCUCCUCCAUUGCUUGGCUUUGUCCCAUAGAACAGGACAAUAUGGCAGUGUCAAAUAAAGACUUGACCUGGCUCAUGAGUAGCAGGUGUGUUUUCUAUAA